AUGUCCGAUCUAAGCGAUGAAGUAAUGAGCGACGAGGAAUCGGCGGAGAUGUACCGAAAUGUGUUUAGCGAGGGCGAGCCCGAGUACAUGUUCGAGCAGCUUAUUGACGGCCCCAACGUAGAGCACUUCGAGAACGAGAAAGAAUGUGAUGAUACAAAUGAGAAUAUGACUCAGCAUCCAUCAAAAAAGUCUGAUCUGAUCAAGAACGUUCUUGCAGGAAAGAAUGACGAUGUUGCUGAUUUGAUGGCAACCGGAUGGCUAACGUUAGAAGCAAGCAUAAAUGCUAUUCAAACCAAACAACAUGUUGCAACGAACCUGGAGCAGCUUUACAAGGUUGUUGCCUCUUUGUGUGAAAAUAAAAUGGCAAGAACCACAUACGACAAGCUAUUGGAUAAUAUUCGGAAGUGGAUCGGCCGAUUUAGGAAUGAACUAAAUGAAAAGUGUGCAGCUGGAGGAGUAGAAUUCAUGAAAGCGAUAGAGAAUCUGUGGAGUGAUUACUGUGAACAAAUGAUUCUCAUUCGUAACGUAUUUUUAUAUCUGGAUAGAACCUUUAUUCUAGAAAACAUAGACGAGUCUCCUAUUUGGUGCGUUUCUGUUAUUCAUCACUGUUUAUUCAUGGAAUCUUCGCUGGUAAUCUUCCGCGAGGAAAUUAUAUUGCACGGGAGUGUACUAAAAAAGUUGGUUGGAGGGAUUUUGGAUAGAAUUGCUGAAGAAAGAGCUGGAAAUCAGGUAGAUCGUUAUUUAUUGCGAGCUCUUCUUCGAAUGUUACGAACGCUUGAUCUAUAUAAGCAGGCGUUCGAAGAUGAUUUUCUUUCGAGCACGACUGUUCAUUAUACACAUGAAAGUAUGACACUUGUGAGGUCACUCGAGACGGUGGACUUUCUGUUGCAUGUUGAACGACGAAUCAAAGAGGAAAACGAACGAGUCGAUCUGUACCUUGACGAAGGCACUCGAACUCCUCUAUUGACGAGAGCUGAAAAGUGCCUCAUCAGCGAUCAUAUGCAGGAAGUUGUGGACAAUGGUCUCUCCCUAUUAUUAAAUGAUAAUCGUGUGAGCGAUGUUUCACGGCUGUACUCUCUCCUAAGUCGGGUCGAUGGGGGAGUUGCUUUGCUCAAGACAGGAUUUUCUUCCUAUAUCAAGAAAGUUGGUAAAUCUAUGAUAAUGGAUCCUCAACGAGAUCCUACGAUGGUUGAGGAUUUAAUGGCUUUCAAAGAUAAACUGGAUGUCUUCGUCGAAACUUGUUUCGGGUCUUCUGACGACAAGAUGAAAUUCGCUCAAGCUGAGAAGGACGCGUUCGAUUACUUCAUCAAUACGCGCGGAAAUAAACCAGCAGAACUGAUAGCGAAAUACAUGGAUGCAAGACUACGUAGCGCGAAUAAGGAGGCUUCGGAUGAGCAGCUGGAUCAACUUAUGAACAAAGUGAUCACUUUAUUCCGCUUCAUCCAAGGAAAGGACGUUUUCGAGGUGUUCUACAAAAAGGAUCUGGCCAAGCGACUGUUGCUUGGUCGAAGUGCAUCUGUCGACGCUGAGAAGAUCAUGUUGAGUAAGCUGAGGCAAGAGUGUGGCGCUGGUUUCACUCAGAAACUCGAGGGCAUGUUUCGGGAUAUGGAGCUGUCGAAAGAUCUCGGAGUUGCAUUCAGAAAUGUAAGUUUUUUAGUAGUUCGAUUCAUUUACAACUUGAAGUUCAAAGGGGAAUUUAAAUACAUCCAACAUGAAAGCUCUUUGGGACGGUAUGACGAUUGCGUCGAGUGCAGCGUGAACGUUCUUACGAUGGGACAGUGGCCGGCUUACGACAACAUUCAGGUUACCCUACCUCAUCACUUGAGUUCCUCCCUGCAGCUUUACGAGAAAUUUUACGAUUCCCGGCAUACCGGUCGGAAGCUUCAAUGGCAACCACGUCUCGGCCAAUGUGUUUUGAAAGCGAAUUUCCGCAGAGGGUGUCAAAAGGAGUUAAAAGUGUCAUUGUUCCAAGCGAUUGUCUUGCUACUCUUCAAUGAUCAGCCGUCGUGGACGGCUGCGGAUAUCAUGAUGGCCACGAAACUGGAGCAGAAAGAGUUUAUACGUACGAUGGUUUCGCUUUCUGUGGCCAAAGUUCGUGUUCUUCUCAAAACACCUAUGAAUAAAGAGAUCAAUGAUGAUGAUGUGUUCACGGUGAACACCGACAUAAAGGAAAUGCGCUUCAGGAUUCGCAUUUCUGAAGUUCAAAUGAAGGAAACGGAAGAAGAAUACAAAGCCGUCGAAGAGGAGGUCAAUCAGGACCGUCAAUAUCAAAUCGAUGCAGCAAUUGUUCGUGUGAUGAAGACACGAAAAAAGCUUAACCAUCAGUUGUUGAUCUCAGAGCUGUUUGCGCAACUCAGAUUCCCGGUACGAGCAACCGAUUUGAAGAAACGAAUAGGUUCGCUCAUGGAAAGAGAUUAUUUACGAAGAUGUGACGAAGAUCCCAAUCUGUAUCAAUAUGUUGCGUAG